CAAAAGAGGAGCAAGAGAAGAGAGAUAAACAAAGCAUAGAAUUUGAAAAUUGAAAUUGCCUCGCGGAAAGAAGUGGCGUUACCCCUCCCCUCUUGCCUUUAUUUCCCUUUCUCAAAUACUCUGUCUCUCUCUAUAAAAUCUCCAUUGCUAUUACUUUUUGGUGCUCUCUCUCUACAAACCUCAUUUGCUCUCUCUCUCUCUCUACCUUCAAAAUCUCAAUUGCUUUCACUUUUUUGGUGCUGGUACUGUGGCCCUCUUUGAUUUUCAGAUCUUAGAGUCAAACUGAGAAGAAAAUGGGUCAGAUCCAAUAUUCAGAGAAAUAUUUUGAUGAUAACUACGAAUACAGGCACGUUGUCCUCCCACCUGAUGUUGCGAAAUUGCUUCCAAAGAAUCGGCUUCUGAAUGAGAAUGAAUGGAGGGCUAUCGGGGUGGAACAAUCACGAGGAUGGGUACACUAUGCAAUCCAUAGGCCAGAGCCCCACAUCAUGCUCUUCAGGAGGCCUCUUAACUAUCAGCAGCACAAUCCUUCUCAGGCACAGCAGGCCUAGCAAUUGGCUAAAUGAUCACUAGCCGUGGUCUUUCACUCAUGUCUAUAUGGGCCCUAAUCCUUGGGGUCUUACUUUUGUUUCUCUCAGUUUGAUUGAUGAUAGGCAGUCGGUAUUCUUCUGAAUACACAAAAUAUAGCUUUCUAGUGAGGUUGUAUUGGUUCAUAGCUGCUGGAUCUUGUGUUGCAUAUUUUCCUUAUGAUGUGCAUAUAUCAAGGUGUGUGCUUCUGUGUUAAAAUAUAUAUGCUCUUCUUUUUAAUUUGAUUCAA